AUGACUGCAUUCUACCUUGCAGCAUAUAGCUACACCACAGUAGAGUGUGAUACAUACUUGGCAGAAAUACAAUCGAUGCAUCCUCAGAUUCAUUUGACAUUGAUGGAAGCAAGACCGGAAAAGUGGUCACGUGUAUAUUGUCCAAGAAGAAGAUAUUCUAUGAUGACCAUCAACAUUGCCGAGUCUCUCAAUAAAUGCAUGAUGAAAGCACAUUGGUUGCCUAUAACAAUUGCACGUGAAUUUCUAAGACAUAUGCUUCAAAAAUGGUUUAGUGAUAGGCGUGCUGCAGCUACCAGACUCGAAACCAUUGUGACCUCCCCUACAGUGGCACAUGUCAACUUGGCGCAUGCCAAAACAUUAGACCGAGGAUGUCGUGUAGUUCCUGUAAUACAAGGGAACAAAUAUCUCGUGCAACAUGCAAAGAAAGGCGAUGGGAUAGUUGACAUUGUUGCGAGUAUAUGCAGUUGUCGCAAGUGGGACAUUGAUCAAAUGCCAUGUCUUUAUGCAAUUGCUGCUAGUAGGUAUCAUGAUUGGGUUAGACGCGCAUAUGCAUCUCCCAUCAAUCCUCUUCCUGACAAGUCCACUUGGGUUCUUCCAGCGUACGUCAAACAAAUGGUUAUACUCCCACCCAUAUAA